UAUUGUGUUUUUUGUUUCUACUGCUGGAGAAACUAAUGUUCAGGGUAAUGCCCCCAUGAAGGGCUAAACUGUAAACCCAAAAUAAGCACAUAUCCUCUUUACCUGCACCUCUCUGAGCCAAUCAGGAUAUGGCAAAGCCACUUUCCCAUAACAAACAGCUUCUUACAGCAAACAGCAAGAAAGGAUCCACACUGCCCGGACAUACCUCUACCUUAAUCUAAUUUUUUUCUUCAAAUGUUCUGCUGAAGACAGAGAAAACAUUGUUUUUUUUCUCCCUUUUUCUCCCCGCGAGAUCGCCUGAUUCUGAACUAACGCGCACGGGACUCUUGGACGCUAAGCAAUGAUCGAAGGUGUUUCCGAGGUGGCUGCGAUGUGCGUCGGCCUGAUCGGACUUAUCGGCGCCUCGGCUACGACCGGCCUGCCCAUGUGGAAGGUCACGGCUUUCAUCGGAGAAAACAUAGUCGUGAUGGAGACACGCUGGGAGGGCCUGUGGAUGAACUGCUACCGACAGGCAAACAUCAGGAUGCAGUGUAAGGUGUACGACUCCUUGCUGUUUCUGCCCCCCGACCUGCAGGCUGCCAGAGGCCUGAUGUGCUGCUCGGUAGCCUUGUCCGGCCUGGGGCUCUUGGUGGCUGUGGCGGGAAUGAAAUGCAUUUCCUGCUUUAACGAUAACAGAUGGGCUAAAACCAUUAUUCUAAUGGUGGCCGGAGCAAUGCAGUUCAUGGCCUGCAUCUGCGUUUUCAUACCUGUGUCUUGGACCGGCCACGUCAUCAUACAGGAUUUCUACAAUCCGCUGCUGAUUGAUGCCCAGAGGAGAGAGCUGGGAGAAGCUCUUUACAUCGGUUGGGUGACGGGGGCCGUGCUUUUUGCCUCCGCCUUGUUGUUUAUCUGCAGACGUAUACCAUCAGAAAAGGGCUCUUUCGACGUAUACGCCCCACCUAAACUGCUGAACUACAGGCCGGACGCGAACAGGCCAACAAUGACAAGAUAUCAUCCCAUCUCAAGUGUUCCCAGCAUCCAGUCGAAUGGAUACCGGGAUUCUCUCCAGAGCAGCAGCAUGGUUGGGCAACAACAUCCAGUAGUGAUGCAGAAUGUCCCUUAUGUAAUGACAAGCGAAGGAACCCUGAUGAACCCAACCAUGGUCUACGCUCCUGCCCCUCCCGACAACGCGUCGUUGCUGUAUCAAAGAAGCCUGGCGCAUCAAUCUUCAGUGCGGAGCUCUCGCCACCCCGGAAGCAUGUAUUCUCCAGGAAACUCAUUAUACAUGACCCAGAACCCCACUCCGUACCCGCCGACUUACAGCGGAAAUGUAACUUCAUCCUUCCAGUCAAGCUUUUAUCCUGUUCCACAAAGUCCUCUUUUUGUAACCUAUAAGGAGUCCAUGGUUCACCCAGAGUCUCGCAGCCUCAGCCACAAUGGAGUGUACAUAUAAAAGAACGUUUAAUGCGAUAUUUUCUUCUCCCUACAAAAAUUCUGAUAUGGGUUUAGUUCUUAAAUACAUUAAAUCUGCUCUUUGGAACACGGAGCUAAUAUACUUUUUUUUUCCUGAUCACAUUCUUCAAGCUUUUUGAUUGCUUUAGUUUUGUGAUUCUUACACACAGUGAAUUUGUAAGAAUAAAGCUUGAUCUAUACCUUCUAAAGCUAAAUAUUUGAUUAUUUGUAUUGUUGUGUUUUUU